ACUACAACUCCCGGAAACGGCAGAGUAAACAGGAACGGCCCGCCAGCCGGGGCUCCCUUCCUGCACAGUCCCCUUAUUUGUGCAGCAGCAGCUUCCACGUCAUACAUAGGACAUCACAGGCUGGAGUGACAGGAAGCGUUGUACCAGCUGCGGAGAACAAUUACAGGGAAGUAAGACGCGACAGCAUGAAUGUGCGGACCAGUGUGGCACCGUGCCAUCCUGACCGACACUUACUUAAGGUUGUGUUCUUGUAAAGACCGAGAUUAUAUCAUAGAUUGAGCAGGGAGAGGAUCCGUACCUGGAUGAGAAGAAAGAACGUCAGGCGAAGGUUGAACGUCCUACAGAAUAAUUCAAUGCAAAACCUGAACUAUUCCAAGGAUAACAGGAAAUCAGGCUAUUGCAAGGAAUUUCCACAAAGCUGAGCGCAAAGCUGCAGAGUUUUUCAAUGUGAAAACCUGAAACUAUUAUCAAGAGUGGAAGAAGGAACACAAGUGACUGCAAGGAAUCUCCUCCCAGCUGAGAGCAAGCCUCUGGGUCAAUUAUCCCUCAGGAAAUACCUCUAUUAACAAGAAAUGGAUUAAAUGGUCCCUAUAUAGGAAGAGCUCGAGCCAGACAGGUGCUUCCAGAACUUCAGUUACUAUUCCAGACCUCUCCGUGCUUCGAUCCCCCGGUUCAUCCCGGGCAUUAACAGGUGUCCUUAAUCAGAAGAAUAAACUAAAUGACAGAAUCUGUCACUGCACAACCUGAAACUGUAUCGAGGAUGGAAGAAGGAAAGCAUGUGAUUGUAAGGAAUCUCCCCCAAGCUGAAAGUAAACCUCCAGAGGUCUAUGUAAUUAUUACUCCGAAGAUUAAACAAGAAAAUGAGCCCACAAGGGAUCCAGUGCCAGAAAACGUCUCUACAGGUGACAGAUGGGCACAGAGCAGAGGCCACAAGAAUGCGCUGCCCAGCGCCAGCUUCCAGCACGGGAUGGCGCAGGGUAACAGUGACGCACCUGCGGAAGCUGUAUACAUAGUUCCUGAUGUUACUCCGAGGAUUAAACAAGAGAAUGAGCCCACGAGGGAACCAAUACCAGGUGACAGAUGGGCACAGAGCAGAGACCACAAGAAUGCGCUGCCAAGCUCCAACUUCCAGCACGGGAUGGCGCAGGGUAACAGUGACGCACCUGCGGAAGCGGUAUACAUAGUUCCUGAUGUUUCUCAGAGGAUUAAACAAGAAAAUGAGCCCACGAGGGAACCAAUGCCAGGUGACAGAUGGGCACAGAGCAGAGGCUACAAGAAUGCGCUGCCAAGCGCCAGCUUCCAGCACGCGAUGGCGCAGAAUAAUAGUGACGCACCUGCGGAAGCUGUGUAUGUAGUUCCUGAUGUUUCUCCAAGGAUUAAACAAGAAAAUGAGCCCACGAGGGAACCAAUGCCAGGUGACAGAUGGGCACAGAGCAGAGACCACAAGAAUGCGCUGCCCAGCGCCAGCUUCCAGCACGGGAUGGCUCAGGGUAACAGUGACGCACCUGCGGAAGCUGUAUACAUAGUUCCUGAUGUUUCUCCGAGGAUUAAACAAGAGAAUGAGUCCACGAGGGAACCAAUACCAGGUGACAGAUGGGCACAGAGCAGCAACCACAAGAAUGCGCUGCCAAGCGCCAGCUUCCAGCACGGGAUGGCGCAGGGUAACAGUGACGCACCUGCGGAAGCUGUAUACGUAGUUCCUGAUGUUUCUCCGAGGAUUAAACAAGAGAAUGAGUCCACGAGGGAACCAAUGCCAGGUGACAGAUGGGCACAGAGCAGAGACCACAAGAAUGCGCUGCCCAGCGCCAGCUUCCAGCACGGGAUGGCGCAGGGUAACAGUGACGCACCUGCGGAAGCUGUAUACAUAGUUCCUGAUGUUACUCCGAGGAUUAAACAAGAAAAUGAGCCCAUGAGGGAACCAAUGGCAGGUGACAGAUGGGCACAGAGCAGAAACUAUAACAAUGCGCUGCCCAGCGCCAGCUUCCAGCACGCUAUGGCGCAGGGUAACAGUGACGCACCUGCGGAAGCUGUAUACAUAGUUCCUGAAGUUUCUCCGAGAAUUAAACAAGACAAUGAGCCCACGAGGGAACCAAUACCAGGUGACAGAUGGGCACAGAGAAGCAACCACAAGAAUGUGCUGCCAAGCGCCAGCUUUCAGCAUGGGAUGGCGCAGGGUAACAGUGACGCACCUGCGGAAGCUGUAUACAUAGUUCCUGAUGUUACUCCGAGGAUUAAACAAGAAAAUGAGCCCACGAGAGAACCAAUGCCAGGUGACAGAUGGGCACAGAACAGAAACUACAAGAAUGCUCUGCCCAGCGCCAGCUUCCAGCACGCUAUGGCGCAGGGUAACAGUGACGCACCUGCGGAAGCUGUAUACAUAGUUCCUGAUGUUUCUCCGAGGAUUAAACAAGAGAAUGAGUCCACGAGGGAACCAAUACCAGGUGACAGAUGGGCACAAAACAGAAACCACAAGAAUGUGCUGCCAAGCGCAAGCUUCCAGCAUGGGAUGACGCAGGGUAAUAGUGACGCACCUGCGGAAGCUGUGUAUGUAGUUCCUGAUGUUACUCCGAGGAUUAAACAAGAAAAUGAGCCCACGAGGGAACCAAUGCCAGGUGACAGAUGGGCACAGAGCAGCAACCACAAGAAUGCGCUGCCGAGCGCCAGCUUCCAGCACGCUAUGGCGCAGAGUAAUAGUGACGCACCUGCGGAAGCUGUAUAUGUAGUUCCUGAUGUUUCUCCAAGGAUUAUACAAGAGAAUAAGUCUACGAAGGAACCAAUACCAGGUGACAGAUGGGCACAGAGCAGCAGCCACAAGAAUGCACUGCCCAGCGCCAGCUUCCAGCACGGGAUGGCGCAGGGUAACAGUGACGCACCUGCGGAAGCUGUGUAUGUAGUUCCUGAUGUUACUCCGAGGAUUAAACAAGAAAAUCAGCCCAUGAGGGAACCAAUACCAGGUGACAGAUGGGCACAGAGCAGAGACCACAAGAAUGCGCUGCCCAGCUCCAGCUUCCAGCACGGGAUGGCGCAGGGUAACAGUGACGCACCUGCGGAAGCUGUAUACAUAGUUCCUGAUGUUACUCCGAGGAUUAAACAAGAAAAAGAGCCCACGCGGGAACCAAUGCCAGGUGACAGAUGGGCACAGAGCAGCAACCACAAGAAUGCUCUGCCAAGUGCCAGCUUCCAGCACGGGAUGGCGCAGGGUAACAGUAACGCACCUGCAGAAGCUGUAUACAUAGUUCCUGAUGUUACUCCGAGGAUUAAACAAGAAAAUGCGCCAACAAGGGAACCAAUGGCAGGUGACAGAUGGGCACAGAACAGAAAUCACAAGAAUGGGCUGCAGAGCGCCAGCUUCCAGCACGGGAUGGUGCAGGGUAACAAUGGCGCACCUGCAGAAGCUGUAUACAUAGUUCCUGAUGCUACUCCAAGGAUUAAACAAGAAAAUGAGCCCAUGAGGGAACCAAUACCAGGUGACAGAUGGGCACAGUACAGAAACCACAAGAAUGCGCUGCCCAGCUUCCAGCACGUGAUGGCGCGGGGUAACACUGGCGCACCUGCGGAAGAUGUGUACAUAGUUCCCGAUGUUUCUCCGAGGAUUCAACAAGAAAAUGCGCCCACGAGGGAACCAAUGCCAGGUGACAGAUGGGCACAGAACAGAAACCCCAAGAAUGUGCUGCCGAGCGCCAGCUUCCAGCACGGGAUGGCGCAGGGUAACAGUGACGCACCUGCGGAAGAUGUAUAUAUCGUUCCUGAUGUUUCUCCAAGGAAUAAGCAAGAAAACAAGCCCACGAAGGAACGAAUGCCAGACUGGGUAGUUGAAGAUGUGGUUACCCCAGUACAGUCCAGCAGUGCUGAAGAUCAUUCUUCAGAGAGGCCGGUAAAUGUGUGGUUCGUGAAGAGAGUCGUGGUCAACCCCCAAAGCUCCGAUAAAGGAGGAAAUAUUGCAGAAUCUUCUUAUAUUCUAGAACACAGGGAAGGAAAUAAUUCCCUACAGAAAAGACCUGACAAUCCUGUAGCGGACGGUUAUGCAAACAGUGAGAGAAAACCAGCUACAGUUUUAAGCUCUCCUGUACCUCAGGAAAACCUCAGCAACCUCUCAGGGUUACAAAAACAGCCGGCAGCCCCCUGCCAGUUCACCUCUGUCUGCUCAGAGUGCGGGGAAUGCUUUCCAGAUAAGACCUCUCUGGAGGAACAUCUGAUCCAUCACAUGGAGGAGAACAUACGGGUCUGUUCGGUUUGCGCGCAGUGUUUUACCUCACAAUCUGAUCUGGAGACGCACUUGAAAACUCACAGAGGGGGAACCUCGUGGCCGUGCUACGAAUGUGGGAAAACUUUGUUUACGAGGUCCAGCCUGGAUAGGCAUCGGAUGCUACACAUCAGAGACCAUCCACUCCCAUGCCCGGAGUGCGGCAAAAGCUUUACCAAGCGAUCGAACUAUGACAUGCACCUGCGCCUCCAUGCCGGGGAGGUGUUCUAUCCUUGUACCAUCUGCGAGAAAUUGUUUAAUGUUAAAGCCGCCUGCGACAGGCACAUAAGGGCCCAUACAAUUGAGCGACCGCACGUGUGCCCAGAGUGCGGGAAGCGUUUCCUGUAUAACGGCUGCCUGAUCAGGCAUCUCAGGGUCCACACAGGGGAACGGCCCUUUCCUUGCCCUCAUUGCGGCAGAUGUUUCAGACAGACGUCGGCCCUUAACCGUCACCUAAGAAUUCAUACGGAGGACAAGCCCUACAACUGCCCCGAGUGUGGCUUAAAUUUCACCAACCAAUACGAUCUAAUACGACACCAAGAAGUUCACAAGGACGACCAGCCGUUCGUUCAGUAUGUGCAGGAUGAUGACGAAACUCUACCCACAUAUGUCAUCUUGUAAAACCCAGCGUCGGCUGGUACCCGACUAGCGUGAUGUAAAUUAUUAUGGACUCAACUGUAUUAUGAAUUUUUUUUUGUUUUUAGUAUUAUUGUGUUUUAAAACAAUUUUGGAUUAAAGCGGUAACACUGUAGUUUUUAUAAAUAACCUAACUUUUAAAGGAUUGCUGUACUUGAAGCAAGAGUUGAAGUUCUAUAAAACGGCUGCUAAUGACGUCUUCAAAAAUAUAUGCAAAGGUUUUAAGAUCUUAUUAGAGUUUAAUAACGAUAAAGUUAUACACCAGGCAAUUAUUUCUAUGUAUUUAGACUAAUAAAUGACACAGAGCAACAACUACCGAGCAAAAUAAAGAAAAAUAAUGGAAGCCAUCGCAAUAUGUCCAUCGGGCAUCAGUGCAUUUAUUUAUUACUAUCUAAUGGUUAGCAGCAGUAGCGUUGUACAUGUCAUUAAUUGCUUUGGGUGGUUUUAUUGGGUGCAGAAUCUAAAGUGGCCUGUAGGUGGGUUGUCAACACUUUUCCUACAACAGAACGUCUUUCGUAGUGUACAAGAGAACCUAUGGAAUGGAACAAGUUGUACAGAUGUGUCCUCAUACAUCUAUCCUCAGUGCGAGAUGCCUGGCAGGAGUGAGCCACCAUGUCCCUUGAGACACUGCUAACGUCAUGCGUUUUUUUGGGGGGGGUUUUGCCGUUAAUGAGACUUAGUGACUAUGACGCACCAGUAACCUCUGCUGAUUAAUUUGAUAUGACACUUCUAUAUCUGUGUGUGUGACUGUAUCUGUAUACAAAGCAUGGGAGAAAGCAGCGGGCGUUGCAUCGUAGCACCUUUCAUACAGAUUCAGUGUCAUAUAUCGAUCCAUCUAAUGGGUCUUACACACUGGGCGAUAUUACUGAAAGAUAUGAACAAUCUCGUUCAUUAAUGAACAAGAUACCGUUCAUAUCUUUCAGUGUGGAGGCAGCAACGAUGAACGAUGCGCGGCUACGCUCGUUCAUCGUUGGUGCCCCGUCGGCUGUGCAUGUAGGCCAAUAUGGACGAUCUCGUCCAUAUUUGAAUGCACUGCUAUGGAGCCGGGUGACUGGGGGAGUGAUGAAACUUCACUCCUACCGCUGUCGGGUCGCCCGUCUGCCGUAUCGGCUGUCGGGGCAGCUCGGCAGCGGGUCCAACAGUGUGUAGGGCCCAUAAGAGCACAGAUUGCUGCACAGGAUACAAUUCUGCAGAGUUUCAUGCCAGACCGUUUUGCAUUAAGAUCCUGGACAGACGUAAGUGGGUGGUAGUGGGAAGAUGGAACUGUUGACCUUGCAGAAUUGUGUGAGCACAAAGAUCCGUCUGAUUAGAGAUGGUGCAACUACUUAUUCAAGCGUAUGUAGCAUUGACGACCAGUAUCUGCAUUCAGUGUUGUGCACACAACAAGAGUGUAAUUGUGGUCAACCUGCGUGAAACUGUAUCUGGGAAAUUUAUAAUACUCCCGAUUGCAUUUCCGGACGAAAAUGCAUCUCGGUAAUUUACUAAACACAAAUCGCGGCAGGGUUUGUCCAAUUGAUAUUGAGAUACACAGCCGUCCACACAAAUACGAAUCAAUACACCAUCAGCCAAACAUGGUAGGAUUUCCACAUAAAUCUCAUAGAACACGGGAGUUUACCAAAGAUUCGUAUUCUCGAUCGCUGCCGCCAAUUCAGAAACACUGCAGCAAAAGCAUGGAAUUUGUACAGAAAUAGAACUGUAAAAUAGAACUGCUUUUGGCUGGCAUGUUUGGAGAAUCAUGCAUGGAUCAGUGAGUUCUGUGCAUGGUUCUAUGUGUAAAGUGUGUGAAAUAGUUAAAAACAAUUGCGUGGGGUCCCCCUUUCUGAAUAUAACCAGCCCCGGGCCCUUUGAGACGAUCCUGGUUCUUAAAAUACCGGGGGUAAAUUGCGUAGGGGUCCCCCAGUAUUUUAAGAACCAGCACUGGGCUCUUGGAUCGGUCCUGGUUCCAAAAAUAUGGAGGGAAAAGGAGUAGGUAUUGCCUGUAUUUUUUUAUUAACUCCCAUGCUACUGUAAGUGAAGCAGUAUAACUGCUGCUGAAAUAUAAUGAAGUGGUAAUAACCUCAACUUAUUCUGUAUAUUA